GUUAACUAUCUGGACAGGAUUACAAGAGGUUACGUAUAAAUAGGCUGACAAAUCCACUAGAUGCAUUCAAUUCGUUUGUCGUUUCCAGUCGGUGAAGAAAGCAGCUCCUACCUAUCAUCAUCAUGUUUAGAUUCUUGGUGAUUUGUGGUUGCUUGCUGGCGGUUGGACAAGCUGGCGUGAUCGGCGGUGGUUUGCUCGCAACCGCGCCCGCAGCGGUCGCGGUGCAGCCAGCGGCAGCAGCGGCUCUUCCUCUGUCCACUGCAGCAGCUCUUCCCCUGCCCACAGCCGCCCUCGCUGUACCAACUAUCGCAACAUCGACCUCUAACGUGAUACGGGGUAUCGGUAACUUAGGUGCCAUAUCGGCCUACGCGAAGAGCGUAGAUACGCCGUUCAGUAGCGUCAGGAAAGCGGACGUGCGCGUUAACAAUCCUGGAAUCGUGACGGCGACCGCUGUGCCCGCCCCGGUAGUUGCGGUCGCAAAUACCGCUCUUGCAGCUCCAGUGGCUACAGCAGCUGUCGCCGCUCCUGCGCUUCUCGCACCUGGACUGACCACCGCAAUCGGAGCUGCACCCGCUCUCACCGCUGGUUUAACUCCUCUGGGGCUUAACGGGCUUGGAGCUUUGCAGGGAUUAGGAGCCGUCAAGGUUCUUUAAGGUCCACACGCUCGAACCACUACGAAGCGGCGGAGGACUCGACUAAAACCACGACCGAUUAUGAAACGCGUUCAAACAUUCGUGUCGAUGGCGAAUCGUUUUUACUACCUAAACGAUCAACUUUGUCACAGAAUGUAAUAAUCGAAUAUUCAAUAAAUCAAUCGUAACUCUAUACGAA